AGCCGCGGGGAGUGCUGCACUGCACUGCCCUGCACUUCAGUUCAGUUCCUGGACGAGAUUUUAGGACCUCUUCAUCUGCUGAGCCCCAUAUGGCUUCUAGCAGGAUGACCACUAGGAGCAAAGUUGAGGGAUGCCGGGUCUGUGGGUGUGAUCUGAAGGGUAACCAACGACGAUGGCUCUUCGGGGGUCAGAACAGAAAAGGCGGCCAGGCUCAAACACCAACACAUCCUUUCUCCAAAGAGUCUGCCAGCACACUGCCUUCGUCCACGUCUGCCCAGAGCAGCCCAUGGGGCAGCACUUUGUCUCUUGGCUCCUCUUACAAAUCUCAUACCCUGCCCACCCCUAACAAAGGGAUGGACCUGCUCUCUGUGCUGACACACAUAUUAGGGCAGUCUGUAACACGGGGGAACAGGCGGGGGGAGUUCAUAUGUAGCAAAUGUGUGUUUGUGCUGGAGCGAGUGUUUAAGUUUGACACUGUCAUAGCCAGAGUCAAAGUUCUGUCCAGAGAGAGGCUUCAGAAACUGACUCAAGAAAGGGAUAACUUGAGGCGAUGGGUCCGAAGUGUUUAUAGACAGCGAAACCCUUCAGACUUGAGGAGCAGAGGAAGCUCUAGUGAAGAUGAUGCAGAGCUGAGAGAAGGUGGUUCAGGGAGUGCUUACAGAGAGAUGCUGAGGGACAACAUGGCUCUAUCUGCAUAUGAGUGCUGGUCUGAAAAAUCAGACUCGUGUCCUUACUUUAGAAGGACAGGUGAAAGAUGCGGUAAAGGGAAAAACUGUGAGUGCUGUGAUUCCUUAAGAGUGUCUGAUUCGGAUUAUGAGUCUGUGUGUGGGAUUCCGCGUCAUCUGCCUGAGCAAGCCCUGUCCCCUUCUGGUCUGUCACGGGACAAGUCGCGAAGUAUGCCUCUCCAUUGGUCUAGAGUUCCAUCAAGCAGCUCAAGUCCUGCCUCGUUAGCUGGUUCCUGCCAUUCGUUACGAGCACGAUCUCGCACAGGCUCAGCACAAUCCCUGGACUCUCUGGAUGGUCCUGAUCCAUUUGACUGGCCAGAAGAACAGCCAGUAAACUUGGACUCCAUUCUCCAAGAGCUGAAGGGUAUAGAAGGAAAACCGGUACAGUCUCCAGCAGGCAGUCGCAUCCCAGUUUUGGGCAGAGCUCAAGGACUGAAUGGUGUUGGGACAGCUGGGUCACCUAAAGUCGAGUUAGUGCGGGUACUGAAUUUUGGUGACCAGGAGGAAGAUGAAGUGGAUGGAGAGAGUGAGGAUGUACUGACAGAACUGAGGGAUGAGUUUGUGCCACUGCACAGAGGGGUCACUACAAGCAGAGUGCACCUUGCUGUAAGGCAGUUACGGGAGCAGUUGGAUCAAGCACAGGCUCGCAUCAGGACCCUGGAGGCAGGGCUUCGGGAAGGCACCCAAUCAAACUCCAGUAAUGCCAGUCAAUCAGAGCCUUCACCACCAGUGCAUCUACACAGCAGCUCUGAGGAUGAGAAUGGACUGAUUCACCAUCUAAGCCAUUCAUUGCAAAGCAGAGAGAAAGUCAUUCAGGAUUGUGUUACUUUGAUCCGAAAGCUGUGUGUCGAGCUGGGAGCAGGGUUAGAAGAGGCUGAUAAGCUCAUCAGCAAAGUGACUGUGUCCCUGACUGAAACACGAUCGGAGUGCGAGGGUUUGUCAGAGGCUGAGUUAUCCAAGCUGAAGGAGUGUGAACUUGGGCUGCAAAAAGAACUGGAGGUCCUCCGGCAGGCUGGCAAAGAACGGGAAAGAGACCUAAUCACUCUCAACACUGUGCUCCAGUGUAACCAGGAUGUCAUCAAUGUAAGGCAAACACAAAACAUUUACGGGUUAGAACUGGCUGAGAAGACACGAUCACUGCAGGACAUGCAGAAGGAGAGAGAGAUAUGGAAAGAGCGAGACUCAGCUCUGGGAGCAGCGCUACAGGAAAAAGAGACUCUAGUUUCUCGGCUGCAGGAGGCGCUACAGAGCUCCCAUAAAGAUGUUCAGGCACUCUCAGAUUCUCUGAUUGGUCGGGGGCUGCCAGGAGGUGGAGCUGAGGCUGCUUUGGUCAGUCAGAUGCAAGAGAAGGAGAGCCUGCUUGCAGCCUGCCUUAAAGACCAGGAGCAGCACACUGCUACCAUGAGACAGGAGGUCUCCAAACUCUUGACAGCUUUAAAAGAUGCAGAGACUGUAAUACAGGACCAAAGACUAAGUCACCAACAAGCCAUUGCUGAACUGACAGAGCAGCUGAGAGACACACGCAAAGAGCUGAGGGAGGCAAUUAAAGAGAACAAGGAAGCAGAACAAGUGUGGCAUGCUGAAAAGACAAAGAGAGAUGUAGAUGAGGCAAGACUGAAGGAGAGUUUGCAGAAAAGAGAUAAGCUCAUUGAGCAAGUUCUCUUGGAUGCAGAGAAGCGGGAUGGCAUGCUAAUAGAACUGCACCAAAACAUCUCCAGUAAGCUUGAACCCAGGGACGCCCUCAAACACACUUUAUAGGCUAACUGUCUGUAAUUUGACCUGGAUCUCGGUUGAGGUUACUUUUAUUUCAGUGUUUGUUCUUUCUGGAGAACGCACAGAUCUCUAACAAUAAACAGUGUGUUCAUAAAAAGA